CGCCACUGAGCACAUUUCUUACAAUUCAAACAAUAUGCAACCUCCGCCGUUACGGUCGGUUAUCUUACGCGUGAAAUGCCUCCACGAUACCCAGAAGACAUCUUUAUAAGUCUUCUGAGGUCUACAUAUUACAGCACGCAACAUGCCGUCCCCACUAGAAUCGUCACGAGCCCCUCAGCCUCGCGGCGAUUGAGCUCUCUCGCAGCUCGAGGCACCACUUCGAACUCGCUAAUUGGGAACCGAAUAAUUCAUAAUCGAGUCGCGAAGCUCCCCAAAGCUCAGAAACAGACUUUCGCAACUUCUGGCGCACGAAAUGCUAAGGCUCGCGAGAUCGCCGUUAUAGGUGGCGGUAUUACUGGAUUGACGACUGCCCACUACCUAGCUCGACAUGCCCGCGAUGCGAACAUUACGUUAUACGAAGGCUCGGAGAGACUCGGCGGCUGGGUAGAUGGGAAGUGGGAGCGGGUAGGCCCUGGGGAACACGACAAAGUGUUUUUCCAGCGCGGACCGCGCAUGCUUCGGUCUGGACGCAUGUCCCACAAGUAUGAUGACCUCAUUUUCUAUGAGCUGGUCGUCAAUUUGAACUUGCAAGAUCAGAUCAUAUUUCAAGAUUCUCCGAACGACGAUCGCUAUUUAUACUAUCCAGACCACCUAGUCAGACUACCUCCGAACAAAAAGCUCACCCUGGAUAUUAUCCUUUAUUCGAUACGGAGUUUCUUUACUGAACCCCUGUGGAGCGGGUCUUUGAAGUCCUUGCGAAAAUAUUUCGGCUUCAGGAUGGAAAUGCUUCAAGGCCAAGACAUUCCUAAGAAUCGUCCGCCUCCCGAUGAAUCCGUGGGUGCCUACUUUAGGAGAGUAUUCGGAGACGAUCGGUUGGUUAAAAACGUCAUAUCAGGCAUGAUGCAUGGUAUCUACGGCGGCGACAUAGAAAAGUUAAGCGUGAAGCACACGAUCUUUGAGAACACGUGGCGUAGAACUAUACUUGAUCGUCCGAACAUACGAAACUCGAUCUGGGUAGAAAUUAAGGACUCGAUUCUCGCGCACGACAUGAAGAUGCAUCCUGACUUUCCCAAAAUUUUCGAGCUGGGUUGGAAAGGUCUUAAAGUCGAAACUAUUGCUUUCGAGAAUGGUUUACUUCCCCUUGUGAAAGGCUUGGCUAAGGAUCUAAAGGAUAAAAAAGUGACUAUUAAAACUAACAGUCCAGUGACCUCCUUGGCUUAUAAGAAUAAGAAAGUGUUGGUCACCACAACCGGCAAGCCGAAAGAAUACGACCAAGUAAUCUGUACCCUCUUCUCCAAGCACCUCUCCGAAAUAGUCCAACCCAAGGGCAGUCUCCCCUCCCUCGCCAAGACCCAAGCCGUUACCAUCAUGGUAGUCAACCUAUGGUUCCCAAACCCGAAUCUUCUCGACGGGAACCACGGCUUCGGCUACCUAAUCCCAACCUCCACACCAAACAACGAUGAAUGCGUUCUCGGCGUAUUAUUUGACUCGGACAUGAACACAAGCACCGAAAUCGCCGGCACCAAGCUCACCGUCAUGCUCGGCGGACACUACUGGGACGGCUGGACCAAAUUACCCACGGAAGAAAUAUGCAAAGCCAUGGCCAUCGAAGCCGUCCAGCGACAUCUGCACAUACCCCCCGACGAACCGGUCCACGCCAGCGCGCGUCUAUGCCGAGACUGUCUACCGCAACACCACAUCGGCCACCGCACUCGCAUGGCAGACGCACACUAUGAGCUCCUCUCCACAUUCCACGGGCACCUCUCCGUCGCCGGACCAAGCUACACAAGCAUCGGCGUGAUCCCCGCAAUGCGCGCAGGCCACGAUAUCGCAAUGCGCGUCGCCUACAACCACGGCCCGCCCUACCGAUACCACCCCAAUCCCGACGUCGAGCACAUACUACCUAACCACCCCAUCCAUCACAAGAUUCCCGAUCAUGUAGGCGCUACGGGUCUAGCUACGUUUACGGAGAAUGAGUUUGACAGUUUUAGGGCUUUUCAUAGACCUUCUAUGUUUUUACGCGCUUGGACUGGUAAGAGGUGGAAAUAUGGUGGACAUGGGGCUCGACGUGCGUAGAAAGGUAUAUAUAUAUGUGUGUGUAUAUACAUGUAUAUAUGGAUACAUUCAUAGAUCCUGUGUAUAGUGGCGCUAUUGUGGUGGUGGUAAUGGGGGCAAAAACGCGAACUUGGGGCGGGGGAAGGCUACCCAGUCUAUAUGAUAUGAUAUGGUAUGGUAUGCGAAUAUUUAUACAU